AACGACUUCCUCUUGGCAAGAAGCCAAUUAUUAACAGAUUGGAGAGCUGUUACAGUAUCCUGGUUCCUGCAUCGAGUUAAGUUCCAGGAUUCCUCUUGCAGAUAAAUGCCUCAUGCCAAGCAGAAUUUGGAGUCGAUUCCACAUGGUCCUCGAAACGACUCCAAUUGAUAUUGAUUCUCAUUACGAGAUCACACCGCGACCGCGACGAUACCUCCUUAUCAGGGUAAUCGCGAGGCUUGGAUAGUGUCCCAGUUCCUGGGUUAUCGUGCGGUCGACGGCUAAAUGUUGACGAGAGUAACUAUUUAAGGAUGGAUGUCCUACGAUGCUUUGCUGGUACGGUUGCCUGGCGUGGACAGCAAGCACUUCAAUCCCUCGAAGCAGAGCAAAGAUGACCAACCUCAGCUUCAGAACCAUCACACUCGCGGCUCUGGUAGCCGUUGGGAAUGCCUCUCCGUUUGUCUACCCCCGAGCAACCGGCUCAAACAGUACAUACGUCUUCACCAACUCGCAUGGCUUGAACUUCACCCAGAUGAACUCGACGCUCCCUAACGUCACCAUCCUCGCAACCGGCGGCACCAUCGCCGGCUCUAGCGACGACAACACUGCCACAACAGGCUACACGGCCGGUGCGAUCGGCAUCCAGCAGCUCAUGGACGCCGUUCCCGAGAUGCUAGACGUUGCCAACGUCGCCGGCAUCCAAGUCGCCAACGUCGGCAGCCCCGACGUGACGUCUUCCCUUCUGCUCCGCAUGGCCAAAACCAUCAACGAGGUCGUCUGCGAUGACCCAACCAUGAGCAGCGCCGUCAUCACCCACGGCACCGACACGCUCGAGGAGACGGCCUUCUUCCUCGAUGCCACAGUCAACUGCGACAAGCCCGUCGUCGUUGUCGGCGCCAUGCGGCCCGCAACCGCCAUCUCCGCCGACGGCCCGUUCAACCUCCUCCAGGCCGUGACCGUCGCCGCGCACCCCACCACACGCAACCGCGGCGCGCUGGUCGUCCUGAACGACCGCAUCGUCUCCGCGUUCUAUGCCUCCAAGACAAACGCCAACACCAUGGACACCUUCAAGGCCGUCGAGAUGGGCAACCUCGGCGCCAUCGUCUCCAACAAGCCGUACUUCUUCUACCCGUCCGUCAUGCCCACCGGUAAGACCGCCUUCGACGUGCGCAACCUCACCUCCAUCCCCAGAGUCGACAUCCUCUACUCGUACCAGGAUAUGCAAAACGAUACGCUCUAUGACGCCGUCGACAACGGCGCAAAGGGCAUCGUCAUCGCCGGCUCCGGCGCAGGAAGCGUCUCAACCGACUUCUCCGACGCCAUCGACGACAUCGCCUCCACCCACUCCCUCCCUAUCGUCCUGAGCACCCGAACCGGCAACGGCGAAGUCGCCACCACAGACAGCAAUACCACGAUCGAGAGCGGCUUCCUGAACCCGCAGAAAGCGCGCAUCCUGCUCGGUCUGCUGCUUGCCGAGAACAAGGGGUUCAAGGAGAUCAAGGAAGCGUUUGCGAAGAAUGGGGUUGCUUGAUUUGAGUCUUUCUUUCUUUCGAUCGCAUUUGUGGUUUUCAUAGACUUCUUAGACAAGAUUUUCAUGGCUACGGCUAUGGCUAUAGAUAUGAGUUGUUAUAGACUGAUCGAUUUAAUAAUACGCUAGAUGAUCACAUCAUCU